CACAAAACCCUCCCUCGACAUCUCCCUCUACAGACCUCUGAUCCGCUACCAAAGAACAAAAUGUCCGGCGACAACUCUUCCUCCUUCGACCUCCAAAACCUCUUCGGUGUCAAGGGCAAACACGUCCUCGUCACCGGCGGCGGGAAAGGUAUCGGACUCAUGAUCUCGGCGGGCUUCGUUGAGAACGGGGCGACCGUCUACAUCUCCUCUCGCUCGAAGAAGGAUUGUGACGAGGCCGCGGAACAUUUGAACCGACUUGGGAAGGGAAAGGCGGUCUCGAUUCCGUGUGAUUUGACAAAGUUGGAGGAGCAGAAGAAGUUGGUUGAAGAGAUUAAGAAGCACACCGACAAACUCCACGUCCUCGUCAACAACUCCGGCAACAACUGGGGCGCUCCCUACGACAAGUACCCAGACGAAGCCUGGUCCCGCGUCCUAACCCUAAACCUCCACCGCGUCUUCACCCUAACCCAGCUCGUUACCCCCCUCCUCCAACAAGCCUCCGCCGCACCCUCAUCCCUUUCCAACCCCGACCCAGCCCGCGUGAUCAACAUCGGGUCCGUCGAUGGUAUCCGCACGCCUUGGCUCGAGACGUUUGCGUAUUCGGCGAGUAAGGCUGGUGUGCAUCAUAUGACGGAGGUAUUGUCCCAUCACUUGGGGAAGAGGGGGAUUACGGUCAACUGUAUUGCUCCUGGUCCGUUCCAGAGUAAGAUGAUGGCUGCGACUCUUGAUAAGUUCUCGGAUAAGAUCACGGGUGGGAUUCCCUUGGGGAGGAUCGGGACGCCGGAGGAUGUUGCGGGUACAUGUAUCUGGUUGGCGAGCCGAGCUGGGGCGUACGUUAACGGUGCCAUCGUGUUGUUGGAUGGUGGCAGUGUGAAGGCUGCCAAGUUGUAAAUUGUCAGAGAUAGGGGGGC